GGGGAAGGGCGCGCCUCCUGCUUCCGCCGUGCACUGGGGAUUCCCCUGAGUCGGUGCUGGGGGAAGUCCCUGUGAGCGCUGGUAAAAGAGGUCGGCCUGACGCCUGGGCGCCACAGAUCGGCAAGCCCACAGCCAUGUCGCACGGCUUCCAGCUCCUAGUUCUGGGCUGCGCCUGCAGCCUAGCGGCAGCAGCGCGGGAAGUGAAGGUGGCUUGUUCCGAGAACGUGGACUUGCCUUGCACCGCCCCAUGGAACCCGCAGAUCCCUUACAUGGUCUCCUGGACUAAGCUUACUGAGGGCGGGGAAGAGAGGGUAGAGGUGCCCCGGGAAGAUCUGCAGAGCUAUAACCAGACGGAGCAGAAGGCCCCUCCUGAGGCCCCCAGCCAAGGGCUGUAUUCCCUGAAGAUCCGAAACACCACCAGCUGCAGCUCGGGGACGUACAGAUGCACUCUGCAGGGGCCAGAAGGGCAGAGAAACGAAAGUGGCACAGUGAUCUUGAAAGUGACAGGAUGCCGUAAGGAGCACAAAGAAGAUACUUUUAAGAAAUACAGAGCUGAGAUUGUACUGCUGUUGGCUUUGGUGGUUUUUUACUUAACACUCUUCGUUUUCACUUGUAAGUUUGCACGACAGACUAUUUUCCCAGAGUUUUCUAAACCUGGCAUGGAGCGAGCUUUUCUCCCAGUUACCUUCUCAAACAAGCAUACGGAGCUUGUAACUCUUCACAAGACAGAACUGGUGUGAGCAGGAUUUCUGCAGGUUGUUCUUCCUAAAGUCCAAGGCUCGGUGGUGUACCUCUGUGUCACAAAGGGCACAAGAAGGAUGCACCCCACACUGAAGAUGACUUUCUUCCUGUGAAGUCCUUCACCUGACCGAAACACCUGAAAGGGGAUUCCACUGUACUAUUUGUAACCAAGAUUUUGAAAACCAUUACAUGACCACAUAGCGUGGGGUCACCCUGCAAGGUGCUCUCCAGUGCUGUUCCUUCAUAGCUACCUGCUCAGCAUUUUAUUCAGCUGUCUGAUCAACGUCUUUGAUAUUUUUUUCGGUCAUAUAAAAGCUAUGGCAAGAUGCAGUUGGAAAAGGGUCUUGGGAAGUAGGAAUCUCCAGAGCUGGCCCUGUGACAGACUCCUCAGGACAGCUGAACAUCUGGGAAACAUCUCUUUGAAUUUGCUGUGUUUUCUUGGACUAGCCCAGAUGUUUUAUGUCUGGGAGAAAUGGACAGGCCACGCUGUGAGACAGUGGGAAAGAUUUAGCAAAUAAUUUCCCGCUGUGAAGGCUCUGCUAAUACUAAGGAGUAUUAUGUGUACAUAGAAAUAACAGGCCAGUGACCUGUUCCUCAACAGGGCCUUUUCAUGUGGGAAAGGCAUCUAUAAAGAAGUAAUAAAGAAGAAUGCCACUUUUAUUUUUAUAUCUCUAUAUAUGUUUGUCAAAGAAGGACUUAUGUUUUUUCUCCUUUGAAAACCAUAUCUACAGUUAGAUAUCAUUGCUAACUGAUGAGAAACUUGACUGUGGAGAGUGAGAAGACACCAGGAAGAGUCACAAUGGGACAGAGAUCUGUUUUGUGACCUGGGGAAAUACUGGACCUGUCAUGCAGUUGGGUUCUAGCCCCAGUUGUUCCACUACCUGUAUGAUCAUGGGAAAGAUCCUAUGGUUUCUACUGCCUCAGUUGUGAGUGAAAAGGUUGUUGUAUGAGUUGAUUGAAAUGAUGUGUUUGAAGAUGCUCUGAAAAAGUAUA